UCAGCCCAGUUCAGCCCAGUUCGGCUCGGACGGGACCGGGAGCGGCGGCGGCCCCGGGGGUUCGGGGAUGGGGGGACACGGGGACAACUACUACGGCAAACACGGGACCCCACAGAAAUAUGACCCCACUUUCAAAGGUCCCAUCUAUGACAGGGGCUGCACCGACAUCAUCUGCUGCGUGCUGCUGCUGCUGGCCAUCGUGGGCUACGUGGUGGUCGGUGUCGUGGCCUGGACCCACGGGGACCCCCGGAAGGUGAUCCACCCCACGGACAGCCGCGGGCAGUUCUGCGGGCAGCAGGGCACCCCCAACGAGAAAAAACCUUUUCUUUUUUACUUUGACAUCGUCAAGUGCGCCAGCCCCCUGGUGCUGCUGGAGUUCCAGUGCCCCACCACGCAGAUCUGUGUCAGCCGCUGCCCAGACCGGUACCUGACGUACCUGACGGCGCACGGGAGCGCCGCCUCCAUGGAAUAUUACCGGGAAUUCUGCACCCCCGAGUUCAGGAACCCGCUCAAGGCUCCCCUGGAGGUGCUGAAGGACAAGGAGUGCCCGGCCAUGCUCAUCCCCAGCACCCCGCUGGCGAGGAGGUGCUUCCCAGCCAUCCAGGCCAGGAAGGGCGUCAUCAUGGUGGGCAACGAGACCACCUACGACGACGGGCGGGGGCGGCGCAGGAACGUCACCGAGCUGCUGGAGGGGGCCAAAAAAGCCAACGUGGUGCUGGAGACCCGGCAGCUGGCCAUGAAGAUCUUCGAGGAUUACACGGUGUCCUGGUACUGGAUCAUCAUCGGCCUGGUCAUCGCCAUGCUGGCCAGCCUCACCUUCAUCGUGCUGCUGCGCUUCCUGGCCGGGGUCAUGGUGUGGGUGAUGAUCGUCAUGGUGAUCCUGGUGCUGGGAUACGGAAUCUUCCACUGCUACAUGGAAUACGCCAAACUGAAAGGAGAGGCGGGGUCGGACGUGUCCCUGACGGAUCUGGGCUUCCAGACCGACCUGCGUGUGUACCUGCACCUGCGGCAGACCUGGCUGGCGUUCCUGAUCAUCCUGUGCGUGCUGGAGCUGGUGAUCGUCCUGCUGCUCAUCUUCCUGCGCAAGAGGAUCCUCAUCGCCAUCGCGCUCAUCAAGGAGGCCAGCAGGGCUGUCGGUCACGUCAUGUCGUCGCUGCUGUUCCCCCUGUGCACCUUCUUCCUGCUGUGCCUCUGCAUCGCCUACUGGGCCAGCACUGCUGUCUUCCUGUCCACCUCCAACGAGGCCGUGUACAAGGUGUUCAACGAGUCAGCCUGCCCCUACUCAGGGCACACCUGCAAACCUGAGACCUUCAACACCACCAACGUCACCAAGCUGUGCCCGGACGCCCAGUGCCUGUUCGCCUUUUACGGCGGCGAGACCUCCUACCACAAAUACCUCAUCGUGCUGCAGAUCUUCAACGUCUUCAUGUUCUUCUGGCUGGCCAACUUCGUCAUUGCCCUGGGCCAGGUGACGCUGGCCGGGGCCUUCGCCUCCUACUACUGGGCCUUCAAGAAACCCGACGACAUGCCGGCCUUCCCGCUCUUCUCCGCCUUCGGCCGCGCGCUGCGGUACCACACGGGCUCGCUGGCAUUCGGCUCGCUGGUGCUGGCCGUGGUGCAGGUGAUCAGGGUCACCCUGGAGUACCUGGACCACCGGCUGAAAGCCGCCGAGAACAAGUUUGCCAAAUUCCUCCUGAGCUGCCUCAAGUGCUGCUUCUGGUGCCUGGAAAAAUUCAUCAAGUUCCUCAACAGGAACGCCUACAUCAUGAUCGCCAUCUACGGCACCAACUUCUGCACCUCGGCCCGCAACGCCUUCUUCCUGCUGAUGAGGAACAUCAUCAGGGUGGCCGUGUUAGAUAAAGUCACAGAUUUCCUCUUCUUCCUCGGCAAGCUGCUCAUCGUGGGGAGCGUGGGAAUCCUCGCCUUCUUCUUCUUCACCCACCGGAUAAAGCUGGUCCAGGACACGGCGCCGUCGCUGAAUUACUACUGGGUCCCCAUUCUGACGGUGAUCGUGGGCUCCUACCUCAUUGCCCACGGCUUCUUCAGCGUCUAUGGCAUGUGUGUGGACACCCUGUUCCUUUGCUUCUGUGAAGAUCUGGAGAGGAACGAUGGAUCUCCGGAGAGGCCUUACUACAUGUCCCCUGAGCUCAGCGAGAUCCUGCUCAAGGGGCACCUAGAACCUUCCAAAAGCGCCGAUAGCCAAGGCUAGGGCGCGGCGCCGCUCCCGCCGUGUCCCCUGGAAAUCCUUCCAAGGGUGCUGGGUGCCGACCCUCAGCGCCCUGCUCUGCCCUUCCUGCCCCAAAAUCCUUCCUGCAUCGAGAGAGCCCGGCUGGAGUCGGUGUCGCGCCCUGCCUGGAGGUCGUCGCGGCUUUGAGAGAUUUUUGUUCCUGGGCGAGGGCACGAGGGGUCCGGCGUGGAGGGACAGGAUCUUGGGGGAGCCCGAGGGGGUUCUGCCACCCCAAACUGGUCUCUGGGCUUUUCCUCUGUGUCUGAGAGCAGCAAAACUUUCCUUGCCCUUUCCUCACCCCUUUCCUUGUCCUUUCCUCACCCCUUUCCUUGUCCUUUCCCUGACCUUUCCUUGCCCUUUCCUCACCUAUUUCCUUGCCCUUUCCUCACUCUUUCCUUGCCCUUUCCUCCCCCUUUCCUUGUCCUUUCCUCACCCCUUUCCUUGCCCUUUCCUCACCCCUUUCCUUGCACUUUCCUCACCUAUUUCCUUGCACUUUCCUUGUCCUUUCCUCACCCCUUUCCUUGCCCUUUCCUCACCCCUUUCCUUGCUCUUUCCUUGCCCUUUCCUCACCCCUUUCCUUGUCCUUUCCUCACCCCUUUCCUUGCCCUUUCCUCACCCCUUUCCUUGUCCUUUCCUCACCCCUUUCCUUGCACUUUCCUCACCCCUUUCCUUGCCCUUUCCUCACCCCUUUCCUUGUCCUUUCCUCACCUAUUUCCUUGUCCUUUCCUCACCUAUUUCCUUGCACUUUCCUCACCCCUUUCCUUGCCCUUUCCUCACUCCUUUCCUUGCCCUUUCCUCACCCUUUCCUUGUCCUUUCCUCACCCCUUUCCUUGCCCUUUCCUUGUCCUUUCCUCACCCCUUUCCUUGUCCUUUCCUCACCACUUUCCUUGUCCUUUCCUCACCCCUUUCCUUGUCCUUUCCUCACCCCUUUCCUUGCACUUUCCUCACCCCUUUCCCUGCCCUUUCCUCGCCCUUUCCCACCCCUUUCCCUGCCCUUUCCUUGUCCUUUCCUCACCCUUUCCUUGUCCUUUCCUCACCCCUUUCCUUGCCCUUUCCUACCCCUUUCCUUGCACUUUCCCACCCCUUUCCCUGCCCUUUCCUCACCCCUUUCCUUGCCCUUUCCUCACUCCUUUCCUUGCAAUUUCUUCACCCUUUUGUCUCUAUGCAAACCAAGACAUUUCGAAGGAUUCCAGGCCAGGUUGCAGAUUUUUUGGCUUCACUUUGCUGCUUUACCCAGCUUGUCCCUGUCCCCUGUCCCAGCCCGGUGGUCACUGGGACUCGGUGGCCACUGAGACUCACAGAGUUUCACUCCAGGCAUGGGAGGGUUGGGAUUUCUCCUCCAAACAUCCCAAAAAACGAUCCAGGUUUAACAAAGCAGCUCUUGUGGCUCAGCCAGACCCUCCCAGCAAACAGCCGCGCUGUUGACGCUCCCAUUUCCAUCCCAGAAGGAUCCAAAUCCCUCUCAAAACACCCCCUAGGCAUUGCCAGCCCGGGGCUCUGUGGCUUUGUUUGCUCCUGGGGUGUUGUUUUAUUUCCAUGGCUGGGAUUUUCCCAUGUCGGGAAUGAGGAGAAUCAUCACCCUCUGAGAAACAAAACACCCAAAUUCCCUCUUUCUUCUCAACCCCCGUGGGGUUUUUGUGGUGUCGGAGGGAGAAAACAAUCCCACAACGAUCCCUGAGACUUUAUCCAAGCUGGGAACCGCUGUCAGAGGAUCCCAGGAGCCUCCAUCCCACCGAGCCCCGUCGGGGGCCGGCGGUUUCUCGUUGCAGUGGAGGACCUGGAGCGCAACGACGGCUCGGCGGAGAAGCCGUACUUCAUGUCGCAGGACCUGAGGAGGCUGCUCAGGAAAACCAACAAAGGCCAGCCCGACGCCUAGCCCCCCACACCCCGAAAAACCGCCUGGAACUCGCCUCCAUGGACCUCGGACCGCCCACUCCUCCUCCUCCUCCUCCUCCUCACCGACGGCUCGGCCUUAAAAUCCUCGUGCUGGUGACGAUGGUGAUGGGUUUGUCACUGUGCCGGUGCCACCCCUGGGCUGUGGCAGCGGUAAAAUCCCGGUUCCUGAGGGUCCGCGGCUCCAAAGCCAGUUCAAUCCGGGCGAAUCUUCCUGAACUCGGCCUGUGGGCCCCCCCCCAAAAAAACUCUGAAUUUUGGCUGUUCAUUCCUGCCUGGAGAGCGGGGAUCGCUUCCCAUCCCUCGCUGCCUUUUGUCGAGCCCCGUUUUGGGCACUAAUUAAUUAAUUAUUUUAGGAAUAAGCUAAUCAGCGCUUUUGUAGCCACGGAAGGUGGAGGGGAACGAGGGAGCAGAAUUUGGGGCUUGAGGCUCUGCCCAGUUCUUGCACCUCUUGAGGAGCCACAGAUUGCUCCCCCAAAAUCUUCAUCUGCUCCCCCAAAGUUGUGUUUAGGGCAAACCUUUCCCCAACUUCAAUCCCAGAGCAUGGGGAAGGGGCCUGGAUGGACCUGGGGGGAGGUUUGGAUUAAUUUUGGGUGGUUUUAGGAAAGCCAGCGGCAGCCAACACCUCCCGCCGGGAGGGGGAAAAAAGGGAUUUAUUUUUUGAGGUGAAGAGGGUUAAUUAACACCAAAAUAUAACUAACUCAGCUAAAAUGUAACAGAAUUAACCCUCAGACCCGGUGCAGCAGCAGGAGCAGAGCCACCAGCAGCAGCUGGGCGCUUUUUUUGGCUCAAUUAUUAAAAAAGGAUUUAAAGAAACACUCUGAGGCUUUGGGGGACAAUUCCCAAAAUUUGGGGGUCCCAUCUGCCCCCUCCCAGUGCUCCAGGAAUUGGUGGAAUUGAUCCCUUUGGCUGCUUUUUAUCCCCAUUCCCUUUCCACCUUUAGAUUUUGUUUCAUCCAGGGGGCAUUUCUGUGAAAUUAUCUUUGGGGGCUUUUGUAUAUUUUGCUUUUCCAGGAUGUUUUCAGUUAUGGUUAUUUGGAGCUUUCCCAGUGGAAUUUUUUGGGGACAGGUUUUGGUUUCUCUCGACGCCGCCAGGCAGAGCUUCCCUAGCUGGAAUCAAACACUGUAAUUUCCCUAAUUUUUUAAAAAAAAAAUUCCCUAAUUUUUCCCUUUCCCCCCCUCGUUUUUUGAUGCAGCUGAUCAGUGGGAAGGGAAAACUGAAGCCAAAAAAAUGAAGGAAAAGGCAAAACUAGAAAGGUGAAGGGAAAGACAGAAAAAUGAAGCGAAAGGUGAAAAAAAAAAAAACCAAAAACUAAUAAUAGUAAAGCUUAACAGAAAAAGUUAAAUGUAGCUAAAAAGAGGCAAAUCCUCCCUGUUUGGGAUAAGUGGGAAUAAUUCAGGGAAUCAUGACCAGACCUUGUUCCACUUACAGCAAUUCCAGCACGUGUCCUGCAGCUCCUGAUGCUGGUUCUGGGAUUAAUUAAGAUUUCCCCCUCCCUGUGCAGGUUUCAGGGUGGUUUUGGUUUAAUUUCUGCUCAGAACGUUCGUGUUGGGGGUGAAUUCCUCCCUCUCACUCCUCGAUUUUCAGCUGUUUUCCUCCUAAACCCUGACCCUUUGGGUGUGGGUUUAUUUGCUUAAAAAGGAGAAAAAAAAAAAAAAAAAAAAAAAAAAAAAAAAAAAAAAAAAAAAAAGAAGCAGGAAUUUGGAAGGCUGGAAGGAAAAAUGGUGAAAGAGGGAAGAAAUUUGGGAAAAUGGGGAAGCCGGGCUGGCUCGGCUGCCUCCCAGCAACAAAGGGUUUGAGGAGAAUUAAGGAUUUUUAUUCCCAAUAAGCCCAAGUGGCGUUUUAGGGAUGAAAACUAACUGUGAUGGGGAGCAGUGAUGGAAAUAUUCCUGUAAAUUAGGGCUUUUUUUGAAAACUCAGAGUGAUGGCAGCUGUCUGGGGGAAUUGGGUGUCAGGAAAAGCUUCACUCCAAGACUGGGUUCCUUCUUCCAAAGGCAGAGCUCUGUGUUUGAGGCAUUAAACCACAGAAUUUUGGGAUAACAGCGCUUUUUUCCCUGUCUAGAAAUGUGGCUUCUGUCCCUACAAACCGGAUUGUCCUGCAGGCAAAGAAUAAAAAAAGCUAAAA